GGGGCCCCCGCCGCUUUCGAUCUGCUGGAGCGGGUGCGGAGCUACCGGCGGCUGGAGCUCUACCUGGAGCCGCUGCGGGACGCCGCCGAGGGCGUCCGCUCCCUCCUCCGGUGGCAGCGGCCCGUCUGCUCCCUCCUCGUCUGCCUCGGCCUCAACUUCCUCCUCCUCACCCUCGGCCAAGCCGCCUGGUACUCGGUGCUCGCCCUCUUGGUGGUGGUGCCGGCCCUGCUGGGGUACCUGCAGGAGACGUGCCGGGCCCGGCCCUCGGAGCCGGAGCUGGUGCGCAGGAGGUACCACAGCGUCCGGCGGGAGGACCUGCGCAAGGUGCAGCUCUCGCGGCAGGAGGCCGUCGCCCAGGUCAAGAGCUUCCUGAUCCAGCUGGAGGGGUUCCUGAGCGGGAUGUGCUGCAGCUGCGAGGCAGUGUACCGUGUACUGUACUGGGAGAACCCCACUGUCUCUUCCCAGUUUUAUGGGGCGCUUCUGGGCUCUGUCUGUGUCCUCUACCUGCUGCCCCUCUGCUGGGUCCUGGCCAUCCUCAAUAGCACCCUCUUCCUGGGCAACACCCAGUUCUACCAAGUGAUAAUGGAGCUCAAGGCCUCGAUCGAGCAGUGUGUGGGCACCAAACCCCUCGAGAGCACUCCCGAGCCUGCUGACCCCCUGCCAGCUGCUGCCCCCCCGGAUCGGACCCCCACACCCACCAGCACAGAGGACCUUACCCCUGGCAGCGUGGAGGAGGCAGAGGAGGCAGAGCCUGAUGAAGAGUUCAAAGAUGCUAUCGAGGAGGAUGACGAGAGCUCUCAGUGCUCAGCAGAUUUUGACCUCAGCCUCCCAGACAACGGUUUUAUGAGCAAAAACGAGGUGAUCCGCAGCAAGGUGUCGCGCCUGACCGAGCGUCUGCGCAAGCGCUACCCCAGCAACAACUUCGGGAGCUGCACAGGCUGCGCAGCCACCUUCUCUGUGCUCAAGAAGAGGCGGAGCUGCAGUAACUGUGGGAACAGCUUCUGCUCCAGGUGUUGUUCCUUCAAAGUCCCCAAGGCUGUGAUGGGAGCCACAGCCCCGGAGGCUCAGAGGGAGACGGUGUUUGUGUGUGCUCUGUGCAACCAGGUGCUCAUCAAGUGACUGAAACAGGCCCAGCCAGCUCCUGGGUCCUGCUCUGCCUGACACCCAGGACAGCGGGUGCCCUUGCAGCCGGGAGCCUCGGCUACUUGGUUCCUAGCGUGGCGUCACCCUGCCAGAAGACGCUUGCGCUCGCUGUUCCUCCUGCCAGUGCCAGGCUGGGGGCAGACCAACCCUCCUUGCCACGCAGCAUCUGCUGCGCCAGCUGGGUCCCUGCGGCGGAGCAUUGCCCGCAGCUGUGCCCCCAUCCCUGCAGCUGCUCCAAGCUCUGGGUGCUCCCCAGUACUUGCUGUGCCCUGCUACAUACUUGCCCAGGCCCUGUGGCCUGGGUCAGUGAUGGAGGAGCCAUCCUUCCCGCUUGUCGUCCUACCUCCACCUCCUGGGUGGGGCAGAACAACCUCAGGGCUAUGUCCCUACCUUUCCCAGCACUGUGCUAGGUGACUGUAUUUUUGGGAUCAAGUCAGAGCUCUGUCUGCAUCCC